AUGGCUGGAUCUGGUGGUAGUGAUCUUCGGGCUCCAAUAUUCAAUGGUGACAACUAUGAAUUUUGGAAGAUUCGAAUGAGAACUAUUUUCAAAUCACAUGGAAUCGGGGAUUUAGUUGAAAAGGGGUUUGAAAUUUCAGAAUCGAAGGAUAAGAAGAUUGGAGAUGAAUGCUCAUCGGAGUCGGAGAGAGUUUCUCUGAGCGACAAGCUAAUGAAGGAUGCUAAGGCACUGGAGACCUCAAGGGGUGCUUGGGACAUCCUACAUCAGGAAUUUCAUGGUGAUAAGCAAGUGAGAUCCAUCAAGUUGCAAGGUCUAUGCCGUGAUUUCGAGUACACAAGGAUGAGGGAUGAUGAAACUCUGUCUAUGUAUCUCACUCGUCUUCUCGAGUUGGUAAAUCAGAUGAAGGGUUAUGGGGAAGAUUUACCCAGAGAACGAUUAGUUCAGAAAUUGCUCAUAAGCUUAACUAAGGAGUUUGAUCCUGUUUGUUAUGUAAUUGAACAAACUAAGGAUAUUGAAACUAUUGAGGUACAAGAGGUGAUUGCAGCAUUAAGAGGGUUUGCACAACGCCUUAAUAGGCAUGCUGAGAGUACCAUUGAAAGAGCUUUCAGUACUCUGAAUCUGAAUUCGAAAGGAACCUAA